AAGCAAAGGCACACACAACACAAGUGCACAACCACAAAGCUUAGGUAGAAUCAAACACGGUGAAACCAAAUGGAGGGAACCAUGAAGAGCGGAGCCAGGGGGAUCAAGGGGAAGGUGGCGAUGGUGUACUCCAAGUACGCCGGCAAGGCCCAGGCCAAGCCUGCCCCGAGCGUCACUACCGCACACGCCUACCAGCCCAGGUACCCUUCUUCCAUUGACGCGACGGCGAGCGCCGCCUAUGCCACCACCGGUGACGUCGACGAGAGGGCCACGGCCUUCAUACUGUCUGUCCGGGAGCGCUUCAAGAACGAGCAGAAGAUGGUGAUUUAGCUGAGCUCGGUCGUGGUCGGCCGGUGAGAUUUUGGAACAUCUUCUCGGUAGCCAUGGAUACAUACUUGUGUCUAGGUGGUACACCAUGUACAUUUUCUUUUCUUUUCUCUCCUUUUGUGGACUUCAGUUUGACCAUAAGAGUGGAAGAGAGGGAUGAUAAUAUAAAUCCCAUUUCCGAUA